UGACUUCCUGCCCCCAAACUCUUCCUCACUCCCCGACCUCCACUCCUCCCUCGACGGCGGCGACGGAGCCGCCGGACCUCCGCCGUUCAGAUCCCGACCUCCUCUCGCCGGUAAGGUCCGUUCCGCGCAAACGCCCGCCCCGUUUCCCGCGGCGGCGAGAGCGAUCCAAAAUCGAAAUCGGAAACAUCUCCGAGAGCUCGGUUGGGCGCCGUCACGUGCCUGACGCGUCCGUCUGUCCUCCUUCUCGGCGAUUUGUUCGUGCGGCCUCCGUGAUCGAUGGCGGUGGCCUCCGCCAGCGGCGGCGCGAUGUUCCCUCCGCCCGCCAACUCCCCGCCGCAGAAGCUCUGGGAGGACCCGUCCUUCUUCCGGUGGAGGAAGCGGGACGCGCACGUGCCGCUCCGCUCGCAGGACACGCUCGAAGGGGCGCUGAGGUACUGGCGCGAGCGGAGGAACGUGAGCCACCUGGACGCCGAGGCCGCCGUCUGGGACGACGGCGCGGUCCACGGCGCGCUGGACAGCGCCGCGUUCUGGUCCCGGGGGCUGCCGUACGCGCGGUCGCUCAGCGGGCACUGGAAGUUCCGGCUGGCGCAGUCGCCGGAGACCGUCCCGGACAAGUUCUACGAUGCGCAGUUCAAUGACUCUGACUGGGAGGCUCUGCCAGUUCCCUCGAAUUGGCAGAUGCACGGGUUCGACCGUCCGAUCUACACAAAUGUCACUUAUCCCUUCCCCAUGAACCCGCCGUUUGUGCCUUCCGAGAACCCCACGGGCUGUUACAGAAUGGUUUUUCACAUCCCAAAAGAAUGGAAAGGUCGGAGAAUUUUGUUGCACUUUGAAGCUGUUGAUUCAGCGUUUCUUGCUUGGGUAAAUGGUGUACCAAUUGGAUAUAGCCAAGACAGCAGGCUUCCUGCUGAGUUUGAAAUCACUGAUUGCUGCCAUCAUUGUGAUUCAGACAAGGAAAAUGUUCUUGCAGUUCAAGUCAUGAGGUGGAGUGAUGGUUCUUAUCUUGAAGAUCAAGACCAUUGGUGGUUGUCCGGUAUUCACAGAGAUGUGUUACUAUUAUCAAAGCCGCAGAUCUUUAUCACAGAUUACUUUUUCAAAGCAACCUUGGAUGAGAACUUCCGGGUAGCUGAUAUUGAGGUUGAGGUGGAAAUUGAUUCACACAAGCAAGACAGGGAGCAUAUCCCAACUUUGUCGAUUGAAGCAACAUUAUUUGAUAAUUCUAAAUCAUCUGAUGAUUUGAAUUCAGACAUGUCAGCUGCUAACAUAGUCAACUUGAAGACAAAGCCAGAACCUAAGGGAGGCCCUUGCCAUGGUUUUCAUGGUUAUGUUCUUGGUGGAAAAGUGGAAAAUCCAAAGCUUUGGUCUAGUGAAAAACCGAACUUAUACACUCUUGUUGUUCUCCUUAAAGAUGCCAAUGGGAAGCUUAUUGAUUGCGAAUCAUGCCAAGUAGGGAUCCGUAAUGUGGUCCUGGCACACAAGCAGAUGCUUGUCAAUGGAUCUCCUGUUGUAAUUAGAGGUGUCAACAGACAUGAGCAUCAUCCACGUGUUGGGAAGACAAAUUUAGAAGCAUGCAUGAUCAAGGAUCUGGUCUUGAUGAGACAAAACAACAUCAAUGCUGUUAGAAACUCCCAUUACCCCCAACAUCCAAGGUGGUAUGAGUUAUGCGAUAUUUUUGGUCUUUAUGUAAUUGAUGAAGCCAAUAUCGAGACACAUGGCUUUGAUGAAACUAGCCAUUUCAAACAUCCUACACUAGAACCCAUCUGGGCAAAUUCUAUGCUUGAUCGUGUCGUUGGCAUGGUGGAGAGGGACAAAAAUCAUGCGUGCAUAAUUAUUUGGUCCUUGGGAAAUGAAGCCUCAUAUGGACCAAACCACUCUGCUAUGUCUGGGUGGGUUCGUGGAAGAGACCCAACAAGGCUCAUCCAUUAUGAAGGAGGUGGCUCCAGAACAUCAUCCACAGAUAUUAUAUGCCCCAUGUACAUGCGUGUCUGGGAUAUUCUCAAGAUUGCAAAUGACCCAUCUGAAAACAGGCCCCUCAUUCUUUGCGAAUAUUCACAUGCUAUGGGGAACAGUAAUGGAAAUAUUGACGCAUAUUGGAAGGCGAUAGACAACACGAUGGGACUCCAAGGAGGUUUUAUAUGGGACUGGGUCGAUCAGGGUUUACUGAAGGAGGAUGCUGAUGGAUCUAAAUCUUGGGCAUAUGGUGGUGACUUUGGAGACACUCCAAAUGACUUGAAUUUUUGCAUUAAUGGCAUUGUGUGGCCUGAUCGGACGCUUCACCCUGCUGUUAAUGAAGUUAAAUAUCUUUACCAGCCUAUCAAAAUAUCGCUGGUGGAUAAUAUUCUUAAGAUUGAAAAUGGACAAUUUUCUGAGACAACAGAGGCUUUGGACUUCAGCUGGAUUCUUCAUGGGGAUGGUAGCGUUUUGGGCUCUGGUUCAUUCAGUGUUCCAAACCUAGCACCACAAAGUAGCCAUCUUAUUAACAUGGAAUCAUCACCUUGGUUUACUCUUUGGAGUACCUGUGUGGCAAAAGAAACUUUUUUGUCUGUACACGUGACACUGAGGGACCCAACACGAUGGGCUAAAGCUGGUCAUGUCUUGGCUUCAGCACAACUUUGUUUACCUCAGACAAAGGGCUUUGUUCCUCAUGUGAUAGCAUUGUCCAAGAGCCCUCUGAUCUCUGAGCAGGUUGGUGAUGGCGUAAUCAUUAGCAAGAACCAUGAAUGGCAAAUCAAAAUAAACAGUCAGUUGGGAACAAUUGACAGUUGGAAGAUCAACAACGUCGAGCUUAUGAGCAAGGGAAUAUUUCCUUGCUUUUGGCGUGCACCAACCGACAACGACAAUGGAGGCUUCUACACCAAGUCCUAUGCCACAACAUGGAGGGAAGCCUUCCUCGACAACGUCUCCUUCUACAGCAGCCAGUUUUCAGUGAAGGAGCUGCCAGACCACACCGUCGAGGUUUCUACCACAUAUUACGGCCUUCCUGGGCACCUGCCAAAACCGGAUGAUGCCGCUCUUUCAGAAGCUUCUGAGUCCGUGCUUUUCCGGGUCCAUAUGCGCUGCCGGAUCUACGAGUCCGGCGACGUGAUCCUCGACUACGAGGUAAACCCCAAGAGCGACCUCCCCCCUCUCCCGCGGGUGGGCGUCGUGUUCAAUGCAGAGAAAUCCCUGAACCAUGUCACAUGGUACGGGAAGGGCCCGUUCGAGUGCUACCCCGACCGCAAGGCCGCGGCGCACGUCGGCGUGUACGAGAGCAGCGUGGAGGACCUCCAUGUGCCCUACAUCGUCCCGGGCGAGUGUGGCGGCCGCGCGGACGUCCGGUGGGUGGCGCUUAAGAACGCCGACGGGUUCGGCCUCUUCGCCUCGACCCACGGCGAGUCCCCGCCGAUGCAGGUGAGCGCGAGCUACUACGGCGCCGCGGAGCUCGACCGGGCCACCCAUCAGCACAAACUGGUCAAGGGAGAUGACAUCGAGGUGCAUCUUGAUCACAGGCACAUGGGAGUGGGCGGGGACGACAGCUGGACGCCGUGCGUGCACGAGGAGUACCUGCUGCCGCCGGCGGCGAGCUACAGGUUCUCGCUGCGGCUGCGCCCCUUGUCGCCUUCGUCGUCGUGCCAUGACAUCUACAGCUCCCAGCUACCCAAUUGAUCGUCCCAUCUGUCUGAUGUGGCCGUCAGAGGUGCGUCUGAGAGAGAAAGAACAUUCGAGAGACUGAAACAAUAAUGUCCGAGUCGCUCUCGCUCGUGUAAACGUAAGAAGGCUGUAACUGGACAGGUACCUGUCAAUAAGAGAAGCGAGCGUGAUGUGCUGCUCUUCAAUAAAAACGACGUCUGCUUCUGCUUG